AUGCCAUCUUUGCAAGCUUCAAGCUUUCUUUUCUCUUCUACUUGUAGGUGUUCAACAAGAACCCACGCAGCCAUUUCAAUCCCUAAACUUCCAAGAAUUCCUUUUUCAGCUCCAAAAAAUCCAUUGAAACCGGUUGAGGAUUUGAAUUUACGAGAUGGGUUCAAAGCUACAAUCCCAUUAGAAAACAAUAAUGUUGCAAAUAACACAAGACUUGAUCAAUAUGAACCAAUCAUUUCUACAACCAGUACUACAGCGACAGCCAAGCUUUAUGCGAUCUUGGAAGCUGUCGGUGAUAGAGUAGAGAUGCAUGGAAAUGUUGGCGAGCAACGUGACAACUGGAACAAACUUCUUUUGAACUCAAUUAAUAUGAUCACUCUCACAGCUGCAACUAUGGCUGGUGUAGCAGCAGGUGGCGCAGCAGGAGCUCCACUUUUGGCUUUGAAGUUAUCGUCAACUCUUUUAUUUUCUGCUGCUACAGGAAUGUUAAUCAUCAUGAACAAAAUCCAACCUUCACAGCUCGCAGAAGAGCAAAGAAAUGCCACGAGAUUGUUCAAGCAACUUUAUAGCCACAUACAAAACACACUAGCUCUUCAUGAUCCUACUGAUACAGAUGUGAAGGAUGCAAUGGACAGAGUUUUGGCUCUUGAUGAAGCUUAUCCUCUUCCUUUGUUAGGGAAAAUGAUUGAAAAGUUUCCUGACAAAUUUGAGCCUGCUAUUUGGUGGCCUAAGUCAAACAAGUCUCACAGUAGAAAACACGUGAAAGCACAAGGAAAGAAUGGGUGGAGUGAGGAUCUUGAAGAGGAAAUGAGGGUGGUGAUUGAAGUGAUAAAAAGAAAAGACAGUGGAGAUUAUAUGAGACUUGGGAACUUGGCAUUGAAGGUGAACAAGAUUUUAGCCGUCUCAGGUCCACUGCUUACUGGCAUUGCAGCUGCUGGGUCUGCCUUUGUAGGCCAUGGAUCAUGGGCAGCAAUCAUGGCAGUCACAGCAGGUGCAUUGGCUAGCACAGUAAAUACAUUUCAGCACGGUGGCCAAGUUGGUAUGGUGGUUGAAAUGUAUAGAAACAGUGCUGGAUUCUUUACUCUUUUGGAGGAAUCAAUUAAAUCCACAAUUCAAGAGAAAGAUUUGGAGAGAAGGGAAGAUGGAGAAAUGUCUGAAAUGAGCGUUGCACUGAAGCUUGGAAGAAGCUUGUCACAGCUUAGAGAUCUUGCCAGAAAAUCAACUUCUUCUCAUAUAGAUGGAAGCACCAUAGAUGAGUUUGCUAGCAAACUAUUUUGA